AUGGACUACCUCCGCAAGAACCUGCUCGGCGCAUCCAAGCGCGAGACCACCCCCGCUGUCGCUCGGGAGGGCUCCCCGAUCUCGGACAUCGACGAUACCGCGCUCGGCACGGACAUUGCCAUCGACGCGGCCAUUCAGGCAGUGCUGAAUGCUCGAAACUCUGCCGGUGCCGCUACUACUUCGACUCAAUCUGCUCCAGCGAAUGCGGUCGGUGACAGGGACGCGACAAUGGAGGACACUACCCAGGCGCAGACGGGACCGGUGGAGACGCAGCAGCAGGGAAACGAGGAGGAGGUUGACGAGCUGAUGGAUGACGACGACGUUCCGCUGGCGAAGCGGCGAGAGCGAGAGCAGGGACCGCCCACGCCCGAUGUUGAGGCUGCACCCAAGGACGAGGAUCGGGCUGCCACAAGUGCUGGCAAUGGCGGCGACGCUUCAGCCACCAUUGCUGUUCCCAGCAAUGCCGCCAACAACACCGUCACCGACUUGGUUCUGCGCAACAAGAACAUUCAGCCCGUCUCUGUACCUGCCCCACUUCCUCUUCCCGUGGUGCAGAGCGAUCAGCAUCGAGCCAAAAUUGGUCAGCAGCUCGAACAGCAGGCAAACGGCACCACUUCCACCACCAACGAUGUCGCCACCAGCAGUCUCGCCGUCAACAACAACGAAUCCGCUCCAAAGGAUGAGCUCGCCGGCACCAAUGUCAACCCUGACAACGGAGCCUCCGCCACCACUCUCGCUGCGACCUACGUCGACAAUGGUGCUGCCGAUGUCAACCUCCCUUUGGGUCGCCCCAUCACCACCGGCGCUAAUGACGAUGAUGACGACGAUAUGCGGAUUGUCAGCACCAACAUCGUCCCACGUCUUCCGCUGCCCCCUGCGGAGCCUCCGGCCAUCACGAUCAUCCUGAGAGACGCGAACAACUACCAGGUGCGCUUCAAGUGCAAGCCUGACACGAAGUUGAUCAAGCUCUUCGAAGCCUAUGCCGCACGCUUCCAGUGUAAUCUCGACCACAUCCGUUUCAUCUCGCAGAACGGCAUUCAGCUGCCUAAGCGCGUGUUCGACCUCACCAUCGCCGGCGCCGGUCUGCAAGACGAGGAUGAGAUCGAUGUCAUGCUGGAGCAGCUCGGAGGUGCGCGCUGGUAUAAGUAG